UUUCACCGCCCUCAGUAGUGUGUGCACGCGCAUGGCACUGAGUUGGGCGUCGACGCGGUCGUCUGCUGGGGGAAGCAGGCUUGUACUAAACUAGCACGAUGAGAUGGCAUGAACCCGGUUGAACCUGCACCAUAAGGUUGCAGGACCGAAGAAGAGUAUCGAGCGAGAUGGGCUUACACAUGUGUUCGGCGGAAACAAAAGCAAGAAGCGUUUGCAAACUUGUCACUGCGACGUGCCAUCGCAUUGCGGAGAACCACACUUUUCUUUUCUUUCUCUUUUUUCAUCUCAGGACCUUUGGAUUCCUGUACCUUCUAGUGGUAACCCACCAUUUCUUUUUGAUAAUCUUGAAGAGAAGGGGUUUCGACGGCUUUAUGCGGACAAUACAGGCUCUUGUAAUAAUCACGCUUCUCUCACUCUUACCCACGAGUCUUUCACUAUUAUUACCUUGAUUUGUUUAUACGUACACGCCUUGUACAAGGCUCAUAACCUUUUUUCCUUGUUUUUUUGUUUGAUCGUCUAGCUGGAUGGU